CACACACGGGACAAUAAUUAUCGUGUGUGUUUUUUUAAGGAUUCAGAGGGAGAACAGCAGCUGCAGUCAUGGCAGGACAGAAAAGUAAAAGUGUGACUGUGUGUGGAUAUCCACUCAGCAUCUUUUUUAUUGUGGUCAAUGAGUUCUGUGAGCGUUUCUCGUACUAUGGCAUGAGAGCGGUGCUGGUGCUGUACUUCAAGUACUUUCUGAAGUGGGACGAUGACUUUGCCACUACGAUCUACCACACGUUUGUGGCCCUGUGUUACCUCACACCCAUCCUGGGGGCCAUCAUCGCCGACUCAUGGCUGGGCAAAUUUAAGACCAUCAUCUACCUGUCCAUCGUCUACGCGGCGGGACAGAUCGUUCUGGCGGUGAGCGCGAUUCACGACAUCACAGACACCAAUAAAGACGGAGUGCCCGACAACAUGACCUUCCACGUAGCUCUGUCCAUGGUGGGGCUGCUGCUCAUCGCUCUGGGCACUGGAGGCAUUAAACCCUGUGUGGCGGCGUUUGGAGGAGACCAGUUUUCAGACGAACAGGAGAAACAGAGAAGCACUUUCUUCUCCAUCUUCUAUCUGUCCAUCAAUGCAGGGAGUCUCCUGUCCACCAUCAUCACCCCCAUCCUCAGAGCUCAGCAGUGUGGGAUUCACACCAAACAGCAGUGUUACCCUCUGGCCUUCGGGGUCCCUGCUGCUCUCAUGGUGGUCGCCUUAAUCGUCUUCAUCGUGGGCAGUGGCAUGUACAACAAGACGGCGCCUCAGGGGAAUAUUCUGGUUAAAGUUUGCAAGUGUGUUGGGUUUGCUAUCAAGAACCGAUUCAGACACAGAGACUCGAGGUUCCCAAAGAGAGAGCACUGGAUGGACUGGGCUGAGGAGAAGUACGACAAACUGUUGAUCGCUCAGGUGAAGAUGGUGCUCAAAGUGCUCUUCCUGUUUAUCCCUCUCCCCAUGUUCUGGGCGCUCUUUGACCAGCAGGGCUCCAGGUGGACGCUCCAGGCCACGACCAUGGACGGAAACUUUGGAGUGUUCGUGGUUCAGCCUGAUCAGAUGCAGACGGUGAACCCGAUCCUGAUCCUCGUCCUGGUGCCCGUCAUGGACAGUAUCGUGUAUCCACUGAUUUCAAAAUGCAACCUCAACUUCAGCCCCCUGAAGAGGAUGACCGUGGGCAUGUUCCUCGCCGCUCUCGCCUUCGUGGCCGCUGCUCUGGUCCAGCUACAGAUCGAUAAUUCACUGCCCAAGUUUCCAGCAGCAACUGAGUCCCAGGCCAAGUUUAUCAACAUGAUGAACACGUCCGUGACGGGGCAGGCCGGAGAGUUUCCUCUGAGUCUGCCGUCUUAUACGGCCACUGAGGAUUAUAAAACAUUUACAGGUCCGUUUAGCUUGAAUCUGGAGGGAGCGGUUUACCCCGUCAGUUUGGCCGACGGAACACGCAACACUUUAGUCAUAAUCAAGGACGCCAUGUCACCCAGGGCCAUUCUGUUCGGCGACAUCACAGCGAAACCGGACGAGGGCAAAAACGCGAUCAGAUUCUUCAACGGGUUUAGUUCAGCUCUUAACAUCACGACUGAUGAACUGGACUUUGGAGACAUCGUGCGAAACAACAUGUCCGAAUAUCGAAACGUGACAUCUGGAAAAGUAAAGUUCACGAUCCUCGAUGAAGCCACCUCGCAAACGUGUGUCUACGAGCAGACGCUGAAGUUUGGCAGUUCUUUCACUUUGCUCAUCCCUCCGACUUUGACGCUUGGACAAAUGGUAGCGUGUCAGGGCAUCGUUGAAGUGACGGACAUAAACCCCAACAGCGUCCACAUGGCCUGGCUCAUCCCUCAGUACUUCCUCAUCACUGCAGGAGAGGUCGUCUUCUCCGUCACUGGUUUAGAGUUUUCCUACUCACAAGCUCCCAGUAACAUGAAGGCCGUGCUGCAGGCGGGCUGGCUGCUCACCGUCGCCGUCGGAAACAUCAUCGUGCUGAUCGUCGCUGAAGCGGCUACACUUCCUGACCAGUGGGCAGAGUACAUCCUUUUCGCCUCCCUGCUCAUCUUAGUCUGCAUCAUCUUUGCCAUCAUGGCCUAUUUCUACACCUACAUCGACCCGGUCCAGAUCGAAGCGCAGUUUUCUCAGCCAGAGGACGAGAAGAAGAGGAAAAGUCUGGAGAUGACGAAGAGGGACUCCAUAGAGAAGAGGAAACAUUCAGAUUCUAACAGCUUGUACCAGACCAAAAUGUGAAGUGUUUUUUUUGUCGUGUGUGACUGAGCGAGCGCUGGAUCACAUGGAAAUCAACAUCAGUGUUUGGAGAAUAGUUGUAAAGCGUUUUGAGGUUAUCCCAGUAAUUACAUUUUAGUAGUUUUAUCUUAAAGUUGUUUUAAAUGUAUGUAUUGUAAUAUAUCUGUAAUAUAUUAGAGUUUUUUAUGCUAUAUGAAAGUUGCAUCUACUUGGAUAUUUGGACGUGGUUCUGUGGUCAAGGACAUAAGUUGGCCAUAAAAUAAUUGUGUUUGCUGUUGCCAGUAAGACUGUGUACACGAGGUAAUAGACCACACCUACAGCUGCACUUAAUAAAAGUCUCUCCUGGCCU